UUUUGAUACCAGUUACGCCAAUCAAAGCAUCUUUCUUCGCCCGUAUUUUCUGCUUAACUUCAGGAUAAAUCAAGAAUUUUUCAAUCUCUCUUUAGAAUUGACAAGCUCUCUCUUCUACUAGGCUCAAUUUCCCAGAAAAUCAGAAUCAAAAAGCACAAAAAAGCUAUCUCUAUUCUCUUCUAUUACUAGUAGUAAAACAACCACACUCCCGCAUAGAGCAAAGAAACUUUUCUUGAUAAUGGGGGUACCACAUCCGUUUCAAUCUCAAAGAUCUCCAACUUCAAAACGUGCAGCCCAAAACAAACCCUCAAUUUUAAUCAUUAAUGGGUUUGUCUAUUUUUGUGGUGUAUCCUUGCUUCUUACUCUGGUUUGGUCCCUAUUGUCCAUGUUAGACCCUGACCUUAGUCUUGAAAACAUCAUAUCCAAAACAAGGUUCACAAACUCUCAGGGCCUUAACCAGUGCCAUGACCCUCCUGAUACUACUUUCUAUGAUGACCCUAAUCUCAGCUACAAUAUGGAGACACCCAUGAAAGACUGGGACAAGAAAAGAAAAGAGUGGCUAAGGCAUCACCCCUCGUUCAAUGCUGGUGCGCACAGGAGAAUCCUGAUGUUGACUGGAUCACAACCGUCCCCAUGUAAAAACCCGGUUGGAGAUCAUUUGCUUUUGAGGAUGUUCAAGAACAAAGUUGAUUACUGCAGACUUCAUGGCUAUGACAUCUUAUACAACAACCUUUUGCUUCAUCCUAAAUUGAAUAGCUAUUGGGCCAAGUACCCGGUCAUCAAAGCUGCCAUGAUGGCUCACCCGGAGGCCGAGUGGAUCUGGUGGAUUGACUCCGAUGCAGUGUUCACUGACAUGGAGUUCACGGUCCCAUUAGAAAAGUACAAAAACCACAACCUGAUUGUGGAUGGUUGGCCACGUGAGAUCUAUGAGAAGAAAAGCUGGACAGGUCUCAAUGCAGGGGUGUUUUUGAUCAGGAAUUGCCAAUGGUCCAUGGACUUCAUGCAUGUGUGGACCAGCAUGGGCCCACAGAGCCCUGACUUUUAUAAGUGGGGCCAGGUCCAGAAAUCAAUCUUAAAAGACAAGAUGUUUCCUGGGUCAGAUGAUCAAGCAGCAUUGAUAUAUCUUAUUCUGAAACAGCAUGAAAAAUGGGCAGACAAGAUAUACCUGGAGAAUAAGUAUGCUCUGAGUGCAUACUGGUUGGCAAUAGUGGAUAAGCUAGACAAUUUGACCAGCAGGUACAUGAAGAUGGAGAGACGGGCGCACAGGUUGAGGCGGCAACAUGCAGAGGUGGAUAGUGAGUGCCAUGGUGCACUGACAGAGCAGUAUCUUGAAGAUGCAGGCCUAAAUAAUAGUACCUGGAGAAGGCCAUUUGUUACUCACUUCACCGGGUGCCAACCAUGCAGUGGAGAACACAAUCCUAUGUAUAAAGGAGAUGCUUGUGUGAAAGGAAUGCAGAAGGCUUUGAAUUUCGCAGAUAAUCAAGUGCUUCGUAGAUUUGGUGUCGUGCAUCCAGACCUUCUGAAUUCACUUGUGACUCCCCAGGAGCUUGAUCUCCUUGCUUGAAUGAACAAGAUGGAUGUUUGCACUUUCUAUUGUUUCGUUUUCCUAGGAUGUUUGUAAUAAUGUCAACCACAUUAUAGGGAAAGAUUGUAACAUAAUUUGUGGCCCAUGUUUUUAUAGCAGCAAGCAGUAUAAGUCACAAAAGCUGUAUUGGCAUUAGCUUAGCUAGCCAGUUGCAGCAACUACAAUUCACACCCAAUCAAUCAAGUGAGAACAUCACUGAACUGUGGUGAAAAGAUCUUCGUAUACA